AUGAGAUCUCCCUUCACCAGCACCCAGCGUGACAACCAACCCCCAAAACAACCCCAGCUCUCCUGCAACACCACCACCACCACCACCACCACCAACCAUAAUCCCAGCUUCAUUAACACUGCUUCCUGCUACGAACCCACUUCCGUUCUCGACGUCCGUCGCAGUCCAAGCCCAGUUACGGGUGCACCUGAUUCAGUUCUAUCUUUUCCGGCGGUUCCGGCCGUCUCUUUGGACGACCCUUCUCUCCACUGGGACGACCCUUUACUGCAUCAUCUUCCGCUGUUGCAAUCUGAGGAUUGGGAUUCCAUUACGUGGGGUUUCGGCGAAAAAGACGAUUCUGCUUCCAUGUCUUCCCAAAACCCCAACCCCCCUCACGUCUCACCGUCUGACUCCUGUUUCCCUGUUUCUUCGGUUGAGCAUCCUGAUUUUAAUGCCUCUGCUGUGUUCUCUUCCAAUCGAAAUCCGAGUUUUGAUUCGAACCACGACUUCGAUUGUGUACAGUUGGAUCAGCUCAUUAGAGCUGCUGAAUGCUUCGAAUUAACGCAGUUGCAGCUUGUUCAGGGGAUAUUGGAGCGGCUCAGUCAACGUCUGCAUUCACCCGAUGGAAAGCCACUCCAAAGGGCUGCCUUUUACUUCAAAGAAGCCCUUCAGUCGCUUCUCACCGGCUCCAAUCGAACUUCGUAUUCAUCUACUUCAGCAACAUUUCAUAAGAUUAGAGCUUACAAGGCCUUCUGCGAGAUAUCUCCCAUCGUUCCGUUCGCUAAUUUCAGCACUACUCAAACGCUCCUUGAGACUCUGAACGGAGCAAGUUUCAUGCAUGCCAUAGACUUCGAGAUUGGUCUCGGACUUCAAUGGGCGUCGUUCAUGCAAGAGCUUGCGAACAGGUCGAAAGACUAUAACCUUCAUCUACCGGCACUCCGAGUUACUGCUGUUGUACCAGAAGAAUCAAUAAUUGAAGCGGAACUCAUCAAGGACAACCUUUAUCAGUUGGCAGACGAACUCGGAAUCCGUUUCCAGAUAGCAUUCCUGAGCGUUCGUAAUUUCGAAACGGCAAUGUUCAAUGCGGUCAGGUUCGUCGAAGGUGAGACGAUCGCUGUCAAUCUUUCGCCGGCUAUUCUCGGACAUCUCGCUUCGCCGGAUUCCAUCUCUCGAUUCUUCUGUCUUCUCCGGCGUAUCGCACCCCAAAUCGUCCUGUUCGUUGAUACAGAGGGAUGGAGAGAAGCAGGACCUCCUUCGUUUCGCCGGAACUUCAUCAACGGUCUUGAAUUGUACUCUUCGUUGCUGGAAUCGCUCGACGCAGCUAACACCCGUGGCCUUGAUUUCGUGUGGUUAAUCGAGAGGUAUCUUCUGCGGCCCAAUAUUUUCACGGCGGUUGCUGCGGCAAGAAAUCGCUUGCCCACGUCGUCGUGGUGGGAACUGUUCGCCGCAGCUGGGUUGUCUCCGGUGCCGUUCAGUGAGUUCACAGAGUCUCAGGCCGAGUGUCUGGUGCGAAGGGCCCAAGCCAGGGGUUUCCAUGUGGCGAAACGACAGACCUCGAUUCUGCUGUGUUGGCACGAUAGAGAGCUGCUCGCCACGUCAGCUUGGAGGUGUUAG